CUUCGUGAGUGGUACUCUCGGCGCUGUCGGGGUGCUGCUGGAGCUACUGGAGGUCCUGCUGGGGCUUCUGGAGGUGCUGCUGGUGCUGGAGGUGCUGCUGGAGCUUCUGGAGGUGCUGCUGGUGCUGGUGCUGCUGGUGGUGCCACUGGUGCUGGAGGUGCUGCUGGGGCUUCUAGAGGUGCUGCUGGUGCUGGUGCUGCUGGAGAUGCUGCUGGUGCUGGAGGUGCUGCUGGUGCUGGAGCUGCUGGAGGUGGUGCUGUUGCUGGAGCUGCUGGAGGUGCUGCUGGUGCUGGAGCUGCUGGAGGUGCUGCUGGGACUGGAGACCCUGGGGCUGAGGGUACCGGUUCUUGGCUCCCCGCCUUCUCCUGGUCCUCCUCCUCCUCCUUUAAUGAGUCCACCGCCUGUCCAGUCCCAGUUGCGGUUCCAGCCAGCCUCUCCACUGCCUGGUCUUUUUCCUUACUCUGGACCGACUAG